CAUUUAAUUAACAUCUGUUUUUCCUGCCAAAAGUCAAAAUGUUAAGGCGUACAUGCCGUACAGUCUCAUUUUCUUAACAGCUCCAAUGUUAUAAAUACCAUACAUGAAUCAAUAACAAAGAUGUAGCAUAAGCAUAACAAUUCCCCCAAACUUAAAGAAGAAAUAGUAGUACCAGUUUUUUUUUUUGUGUCCAAACAUGAAGAUCAGCAUAGUAAGAAGAAAGUUGAUAAAACCAUGCACCCCAACUCCCAAAAACCUCAACAACUACAAACUCUCAUCCAUAGACGAGCUCAGCCCGCCAACAAACUUCGGCGUCGUCCUCUUCUACCAAUCAAAGCCGUCGAAACCAGCCAAUUAUGUGCUCGAAGAAUCCUUGUCGGGAAUCUUACCGCGGUUCUACCCUCUCGCGGGAAGAUACAUCGACGAGGACUUCAGCGUUGACUGCGUUGACCAGGGCGCCGAGUUUGUCGAAGCAGUAGCCGAUGCCGACGAUAUUGUGGAGGUAGACGAUCUUCUUCCGCGACGAGCGGACCAGUUCACGGGCCCCACCGAUCCGCUGCUGUCGGUUCAGGUCACGGAGUUGGUGAAAAGCGGGGGCUUGGCUGUCGGGGUUACUGUGUCGCAUAAGAUUUUCGACGCUUCUUCGAUUGGGACGUUUAUUGCUGCUUGGUCGAAUGCUAGCAUGAAUUUUGGGGGUGAAGAAGGGAUCGGUGUUGUUCCCAACUUCGAUCCUCAUUUGUUGUUUCCUGGUAAGAAGCGAAGUUACUUUCCUGAAAUGAAGCCAUCAGAAACCAGUCAAACCAGCAGUAUCGUUUCAAACCGUUUCUCAUUCAAGAAGGAAUCAAUAAGGAAUCUGAGAUCAAAGCUGAACCCAAAACAAGGCAUCAACAACAACAUGUUCUCGAAGGUUCGUCUCGUCUCCGCGGUCAUAGCCAAAGCCAUAAUCCGCAUCGACACAACAAAACACGGACGCCCGAGGCCUUCCCUCAUCAUUCAAGCCGUCGACAUGCGGCCGAGAACCACCCCGCCUCUCCCCAAGCACUCAUGCGGAGACCUCGCGUUGCAUGCCGUGGCAAAGUGUACGCACGGUGCGGCCGGUUUGGGACUUGAAGAAAUCGCAUGUGCGAUGAGCGAAGCCAUCGAAAAGACCGUCUCUGACUGCGCUAGGGUGCUGUCGCGUGGAUACGAGGACGUCGUUAUCGAGGCGGAGGCGGAUCUGAUCCAAGGGAUGAUGAGCUCGGAGAUGAAUUAUUUGAGUUUUAGUGAUUGGAGUAGGUUUGGGUUGUACGAUGCGGAUUUCGGGUGGGGGAAGCCGGUGUCGGUGGGGAUAGCGCGGGUGCCGUAUGAGAGGGCCACGGUGCUCGUGAAUGAUAAAGAUGGUGGUGGGAUUGAGGCGUGGGUUCAUUUGAGUUUAGAUGAUAUGGUUUGCUUUGAAGAAGAUGAUGAAAUUAAAUUGUAUGCUAGUAGAACUAUGUAAGAGUGGUAUAUG